AUGUUGGCGAGCUAUAACGAUUUGCGUGCUCUGGCUCGGAAUGAGACCACUUCAACCCCAAUAAGCCCGUUGCUUCCAAGCCCUAUUGUGGGAACGCUUCAGAAUGGACAACAGUAUUUCAGAUUGCACGACCCAUGCGAGCGCCAGACCACACCCAUCCCAGACGAAGAUUCAUUGGACAGCCUCCGUAUACUGUCGUAUUACUGCGAUGAUCGGGACGGCGAUGAGCAAGACCAAGGAAGCCAACCCUCUGAGCAUGGCACACUUGAGGACGACAAUCUAAGCACGGCCUCUGAAUCCAUGCCAGGAACUCCGCGUGACGACGACUAUCGAGACACCCUUUGUUCGGACGAAUCUGGGUGGCUAGCCAAUACCACAUCGCAUGAAGAGAGAAUGCGGCGAUUCAAGGCUCGCUACUAUCAAGUCGUGCAACGUCCUUGCACGUCUAUUUGCACAGACGACAACGAGGAUGGAGUGAUGAUUGCCACCGUUCUCGUUGGACCAGGCAAGCCAAGAUUAAUCCAUAUCCAACGUCCGCCGUCUAGCCAGUCGAGAUCUGAGUCGCCUGGCGAUAGCACUGGUGCUCCAUCUACACCAAAGCAAGCGCAUGUUGAGAUCUCUGCCUUCAGCCCGUAUGACACUCCUUGUGAUGUGACUCAAUUCAAGUCACACGUUUCAAACAGCGUCUGUCCUCCGGUCUCUGGAGCCUCGCCUCCCUUGACCGAGCCUUUCCCACAGCUUAUGGCAUUGACACUGCGAAGUGGGACAAGCGUAACGGAGCCACGCGGUACCGACGACAUCGACACCGGCAUCAAGAUAUCGACAGAUCCCUUCAGAAGAUCUCCUCGGAGGAUGCAGAGCGAUCGAUUGUCUCCAACGCUAGAGAAGAGAUGGGCGAUUUGGAACACACUAGAAAUGGACGCGCAGUCUAUUUCAAGAUUGUCACCUUCUGUCAAGAGCGCGAAAUGGUCACGAUGCCGAAAGCUGGAAAGGGCGCUCAACGCUGUCACCGUCGCUAUUGACGAAUUCCCUGAUGGCAUGCUCUGUCUCGAGUCGUCUGUUGUCAUGGAGCUGCGGAAUCCACAAAUCUCAAACACAGUCUAUCUCGAGGCUCUUGGCAGAAUAUUUCCUUCUGCGUCCUUAUUGCUCAUUUCGGCAAUCACGGCCUGGGUGAUCGUGGACCUCCACUUCUCCCGACUGAAAGGCCAGGUCGUCCCCAUGGAGCGGUAUUGGGCCCAGGCCGCAGCGUCUAAUGAAAGCUUGCAUCGAAUCCCCGACAAGGCACGAGAAAUGCUGGGGAUUGGUCUUCCUGAUGAAUCGUCGAUUAAGCUUAACGAGUACGCGCUAAGAAAGAGAGCGAUAGCCAUGCAGGCAAGCAUUGGCAUUAUCGGACAAAGGUUGAUCGAAGGUUUGAGAGGGUCGUGGGAUGAAGACAUAUGGCGAUCUCUCAAAGUAUUGGUGGAGGUAAUCGAGGCGAGUCCGCCUCGCUGGCCAUGA